UACGUUAGCCUCCUGUUCAAAACUCGGCCCCCUCAGCGAGACAGCAACCUGUGGAGGUGUCUGUGGAAAAAGGGUGUUGGUCUGACACUGAGUCGCUGAACUUAUCCAACGUGUUGCUCCUCCGGGUUGGAACCAUCCGUUUUUAUCAGGCUGAGGUGAAGACACGUAGCCAUGGCACGGAUUUUGGCAAUGGUCUUCGUUACAUUUGUGUCCCUCGUUUUGGCCGAGGACCAGCAAACAGAGGAUGAUCCGUUCACAUUCGACUAUCAUCGGCUUCGUGUUGGAGGGCUGAUCCUGGCGGCAGUCUUGUGUCUGAUUGGCAUCACUAUUCUCCUCAGUGGCCACUGCAGAUGCAAAUUCAACCAGGAUAAGAGGAGGAGGACAGGCAGUAACACCGCUACCCAACAGAUGCUCAAUGACACAGCAAGGGCCAGUGAAUGCUAAGCGCCAAUCGAUGGCCCAGCUGCUUGGUGUCCACCGGACCGGAGGAGGAGGGAACAGUGGAGAUCCUACAGUACCUUAUUGCACAACAGACGUGCUGAAAACGUGCUAGUGUCUCUUUAAGGAUGAGCCUGUUAUAUAGAUGCUGUUUUUUUUUAAUAUUACCACCUAUUUGCUGCUCACACGGCUCAUUAUAUGGAAAUGUGACGCAUCACGUAGUACCUGUGUUUUGGGGCUUUUGUCUGCUAUUUAAUUUGUCUGGCUUUCAAAAAAAAACCAUAUGGCAUCACCAGCUUCUGAGUUAUAGUAUUUCUAAUAUGUUUACUAAACCAUUUCAGCUGUAAACACCUGCUGACCUUGUUGUUUGUCCUGAUUAUCGGUUUUAGCCACCCCAACAAACCUCUAACCAAAAAAGUACAAGCAGUGUAUCAGCUUUGCGUCCUGUGGUUGUUAAUGUAUGGUAGGUUAAGCUUGGUAGAAAUAAAAAGGCCGUCCAGCUGAUUCUGUUCACUUGAAGCUCCUGCUUUAGUGCGUCAUGUAUUCCUAACAGGUUCUGCACUAUUUCCAUGUUAUUUUGUCACUGUAAGAAAUUGUGUGUGUGUGUGUCAGAGACUAAAACACUAAAACAGUCCAAACUAC